AUGUUAAAAAGGAACUACGCUGACUAUGUCUACUUCUUAGACGAGGAAUCUGCUGGAGAGAGAGAAGAAGAACUCAGUCUCAAGUCCAGAAAACUAUGGGGGCGUGAAAAUUCUUCACUAAUCAUCCCCAAGGUACAGAAAGGUCUGGUUGUCUCGGCGUUCGAAAAAGAGUUGACUGUUUCUAGUAACAUGCCUGUGACACAAGAGCUGAAGGAGCAUGAGAUACUUGUACGCAACAAGUACAUUGGAUUGAAUCACGUAGACUGGAAGUCCAAAAAGUAUCAAUUUAAUAUAUACUCAUUUCCAUGGAUCAAUGGCCGGGAAUCCAGCGGUAUUGUAGUGAAAAGAGGGUCCAAUGUCGAUCAGGAGAAAUUCCCCCUCGCAGCAGAGGUGUUCUUAGCAAGUACUUCGUAUAGGGACUUAAGAACGUCCACUUUCCAGGAGUAUACAGUGUUUGAUUCUCGGCUUGUUUGGAGGAUCCCGCAACAGAACCUGCUUGACGGUAGCGUUCGCAAAAGCUUCGGUCUCGAGUUCGCAGGAGGAAUUGGCGUUGGUUUGGUGACAGCCGGUUGCGCGAUCUCGAGCCUCGUCAGCCUAGCUACAGAAAAUCAGACAAAUGGUACAAAACUGGGAAACAUUAUAAUAUGGGGAGGAAGCUCGUCGGUGGGUGUGUACGCCAUACAGUUGGCCAAAGCCUCUGGGAAGUUUAAGAAAAUUAUCGCUGUUUCUUCAACAAAACAUAAAAAGUAUCUUUCCGAGAUUGGCGCUAGUUGUGUCAUUGAUCGGUAUCUGCCGGAGAUGGAAAUUCGGCAGAAAAUUCAGGAUCACUGUCCAGAAGGAGUUAAUUACGGUAUGGAUGUCAUAUCUAAAGAGACAGCUUUGUUUUUAUCAAAACUACUAGGACAGAGUGAUGCAAGCGUCAAGCGUUUAGUUUGCACUUGUGGUUUACCGGAGAUCUCUACUGACACCUUUGAUAAAGAUGCAGGCUCGAAACUCAUAAUAGAAGCUGUCAACAUAAAGCAAUUUCAUGAAAACAUAGAAUUCGGUUCCUGGCUUGUCGAGUAUACUACCAAGCUUUUUGAGACUGGUCAUUUGAGACCCAUAAAGACAUUGAAAAUAUUCAAAAGCCUAAACGAUUUUGGAGAAAGUAUAGUCAGCGGCCUCAAGGAGCUUGAAGAAAAAGGUGCCAGUGCAGAGAAGUUUAUAGUCAGUCUAUAA